UGUCCCAAGAUGACUGUGAAGUGGCUGUCUGUUCUGCUGCUCCUGCAGAUAAGUUGCUAUUUCAGAUCUGUGAACUGUGGGAAGGUGUUGGUAUGGCCAUUGGAAUAUAGUCACUGGAUGAAUAUGAAGACAAUACUGGAUGAACUUGUACAGAGGGGUCAUGAAGUGACAGUUCUGAGACCUUCAGCUUCCAUCUUUCUCGAUCCCCAAAAAUCACCUGGUCUGAAGUUUGAGAGUUUUUCUACGUCUAUCAGUAAAGAUGAUCUGGACAAGGUUUUCACAAUGCUUGUGGAUGUGUGGACUUAUGAGAUACCAAGAGAUUUGUGUUUAUCAUUCUCUCCUUUGCUACAAAACAUGGUUAAUGAAUUCUCUGAUAGCUAUCUAAGGCUUUGCAUGGACACAGUUUCAAACAAACAACUUAUGACAAAACUACAGGGAUCCAAGUUUGAUGUCCUUUUCUCGGAUGCCAUUGCUCCCUGUGGAGAGUUGAUAGCUGAACUUCUCCAGAUCCCUUUUCUGUACAGUCUUCGCUUCUCUCCUGGCUAUACAAUGGAAAAGUACAGUGGGAAAUUUUCAUUCCCUCCCUCUUAUGUACCUAUAAUUAUGUCGGGACUAGGUGGUCAAAUGACAUUCAUGGAGAGGGUAAAAAAUAUGAUGUGCAUGCUAUAUUUUGACUUUUGGUUCGAGACAUAUAAUGAGAGGAAAUGGAGUCAGUUUUACAGUGAAACGUUGGGAAGGCCCACUACCUUAACUGAGACAAUAGGCAAAGCAGAAAUGUGGCUCAUUAGAUCCUACUGGGAUUUGGAGUUUCCUCGCCCAACCUUACCAAAUGUUGACUAUGUAGGAGGUCUCCACUGCAAACCUGCUAAACACUUGCCUAAGGAAAUGGAAGAUUUUGUCCAGACCUCUGGAGAGCAUGGUGUCGUGGUGUUUUCUCUGGGGUCAAUGGUCAGGAACGUGUCAGAAGACAAAGCAAAGGAAAUUGCAUGGGCCCUUGCCCAGAUUCCACAAAAGGUUCUUUGGAGAUUUGAGGGCAAGACACCAGACUCCUUAGGAUCCAAUACCAGAGUUUACAAAUGGCUCCCCCAGAAUGACCUUCUAGGUCAUCCAAAAACCAAAGCCUUUGUAACUCAUGGUGGAGCCAAUGGAAUCUAUGAGGCGAUCCAUUUUGGAAUCCCUAUGAUUGGCAUUCCUUUGUUUGGAGAGCAGCAUGAUAACAUUGCCUACAUAGUAGCCAAAGGAGCAGCUGUUUCAUUAGAUUACAGAACAAUGACAAGGUCAGAUUUACUCCGUGCCCUGGAGGCCGUCAUAGAUAAUCCUUUCUAUAAAAAGAAUGCAAUGUGGUUAUCAACCAUUCACCAUGACCAGCCCAUGAAACCGCUGGACAGAGUCAUCUUCUGGAUUGAGUUUGUCAUGCGCCACAAAGGGGCCAAGCACCUGAGGCCACUUGCACACAACCUCGCCUGGUACCAGUACCACUCUCUGGAUGUGAUUGGAUUCCUACUGGCCUGUGUGGCAGCCAUAGCUUUCCUUGCGAUAAAAUCCUUCUUAUUCAUUUAUCGAAAGUUUGUAAAGACGGGAAAGAAAACAAAGAGAGAGUAGAGCUCAUUGAGAAUGCACAUGAACUCCAUUUCAGCAUUGUUCUAGAUUAUGAACGGCCUUCUGAACAUUCACUGAUCACUCUAUCAAGGCAUAUCUUCAUUAGAGGGGAAGGGAGAAAUAAUGCAAUUAUAAUCUCACAAAAUAAAAGACAUAAUGAAAAGAAAAAAAAGCGGAAAAAAUGAUAAGGAACAAGCUAGUAAGCAGAGUUCCUCCAUGGUAUCUUCUUCAGUUCUGCCUCCUGAGUCCUGCCCUUGAACCCCUGGCCUACUUUUCCUCAGCAAUGGACAGGGAGCUAUGAGAUGAAAUAAACCCUCUUCUUCUUCAAACAAAAAUGAAAAUUUAAAAACCAAGAAGAGGCCUCGGCAUUAUUCAGGGUAUGCAGCAUUAUGAUAAAUAAAUAUGUGGUGGAGAGGUGAGACAGAAAGGGAAGUGGGAGCACUUUGUUCUCUGUGAAGACAGGUGAGCCUGUAGACGUGAAGACAGCAAGGAACGGCCUGAUGUGAGAGGCCUGAACUGCUAUUGGAGGCCAUGGUGUUAUCUAAACCUGUGCUGCUGCAGAGGGGCAUGGCCCUUUUGUAACAGGAGUCUGUGACAAUGUCCAUGCAAUGUGGACUUCUUUGGUCUGGGCCAGGAUGUUGUCUGAGUAUGGUGCUGAGCUGGUCCAGCCCCUCAACAGCCACCACACCGGAGCAUAAGCACUGAUACAAGUGUAGAUAAGAUGGUCCUGUCCCUUGCCUGGGCAGUGUGGGAGAGCUGACCCCAAUGGUGUUGGCAUGGGAGAGCUAAACCCACCAAUUUUUGGCCACAGGACUAGGGUGAGCUAGCCCUACAACUUGCCUGAGCAGUUAGGAAGAACUGGCCCUGAAUGAAAGUGUGGAUGAGGAUGGCCUCAUUAGUGUUGGAAAGCUUAUUUUUACUCCUCAUUGUGUAUCUUGUCAUUGUCAGAUAGUUGGCCCUGGUGGCAUGGGCGAGGAUCAGCUAUCCCUGAUUGUGUGGAUACAGAAAAGUCAACCUCACCCCUUGCCUGGGCAUUAUGGGAGAGCUAGUGUUGGUAACCAACUCAGCUAACACUCAGGCCUGGAUCCAAGAUUUUGAGCUGGCCCACCCAACACCUACCCCAUCUAUGAGUUACUGGAGUUCAUGGGGCAGGUCCUGCAGAACCAAAGUUGCAGGAUCUCAUGACACAGUGCAGCCACAGGAUAGCCCAGAGGAGUCUCAGAGAGGAUCCAGCAUCGGUAGUGUCACGGAUCCCAGAGGCCUUGAACCAGUCCAAUGACUCAUUGCAGUGAACAUUCACAAGUAAAGCUGUUUGUUUAAAGAGUACACCGUGUGACACACCGUGAGACACUACACAUUCUACCAGGAGACUAUUUUUUAAUUUUUAUUUUCUAUUGUCUUUUGGGGAGGGAAGUUACAAGGCAGGAAGGCAAAUAUGGAAGGACUGGAAAAUGAGUGGAUUGGGGUAUAUAAUGUGAAAUUCACAAACAAUCAAUAAAAAAAUUGUGGAAAAAUU